UACACUCGUAAGCUUAUUGUACACUUGAAAUACAAUGCGUUUGCUACCUCAUAUUCAUGGUAUUUUCGACGUAAAAGGUCAGAUAUAAAAUAUUUUGUCGCCAAGACAAAAGAGGGCACCAGAACUCCGAGUCAAACGGAAGAGACUGACGUUCUUGACGUACGCAGCGUUAGUGACGUCACGUGCGUGAAACGUGUUUUGUACUACAGCAGAGGUGUUCUGGAUUGUGUUUUAAACCAGGAGACUAGUUUUAUUAUUCAUCUUUAAAUCGUCAACUCUUUGUUUCAUAACGGCUUAACGCUUUAGUUUCGUCAGCACGUCAUCGUCUGUCGUCCUUAUUCUUUAAAUGAAUCACUCUUCGUAGGAAAUACUUAAAGGUUUGUAUUAUUAUUAUUAUUUUGUUAAAUGAUUUUUUUACACAUCAAUUACUAUUCUCAAUGCAUUUUAAUGUGUUACUCUCUUAAAUGAUUCUUGAAUAUGCUGAUUCUCUCAAACGCUGUGAACUUACAUAUUCAUUUAUAGUUUCUGAAAACUAUUUAACCCUUUCAGGCACUGAAUGUAUUUCAGGUAUUAGUUUAGUCAUUCGUUAAGCGAGUAACAAACCAGUAAGCAGUGCACGGGUUUAGGGUCAUUUUGAGGUUUUCACCAGGGGUCCAGGUACAUAGAAAUGCACUUUUACAGUUCAAACCAACAACUUUGAUUUCUGUUAUGGGGAAAUGCCAUUAAGUAAUGUUAUAUAUUUAUAUUCUGAAGCAUGUUACUUUAAGAGGACAUUCAAAUAAAUAUUAAAUAUGUGUGUGUGUGUAUGUAUAUAUGUGUAUAUGUAUUUCAGAAGGACCGUCAUGUUCCUUCAAUCUAAAGAACAUUUAUGAAAUGAGUUGGAAAUAAUACUAAGUGCCUGAAAGGGUUAAAGCAGGUGUUUUCAAACUAGGGUCCACAACAAGGUGCACGAGUGUCCUGUGUGCGUCAUCAUGCCGGUCCAGUGCAGUAACUGCGUCCAGAGACGUGCCGUACUCAAACGGCCCAAGACCGGACACUCUCUCUGUAAGGACUGCUUCUUCUGGGCGUUUGAAGAGGAGAUCCAUCAAACCAUCGUAUCUGCCGGACUCUUUAACCGUGGAGAGACCGUGGCCAUCGGUGCCUCGGGCGGAAAGGACUCUACUGUCCUGGCUCAUGUGAUGAAGGUCCUGAACGAACGCUACGAUUACGGCCUGAAUCUUCUGCUGCUGUCGGUGGAUGAGGGCAUCACGGGUUACAGAGAUGAUUCGCUGGAGACGGUGAAGAGGAACCAGCAGCAGUAUGAGCUGCCGCUGAAGAUCGUGUCUUAUGAAGAGCUGUACGGCUGGACCAUGGACGCCAUCGUGAAGCAGGUGGGCCUGAAGAAUAACUGCACUUUCUGCGGUGUGUUUCGCAGGCAGGCGCUGGACCGAGGAGCCAUGAUGCUGAAAGUGGACAAGAUCUGCACAGGGCACAAUGCAGACGACGUGGCAGAGACGGUGCUGAUGAAUGUCCUGCGUGGAGACAUCGCUCGUCUCCGCCGCUGCACCUCCAUCAGCACAGCCAGCGACGGAGAGGGUGCCAUCCCACGCUGCAAGCCCCUCAAAUACGCCUACGAGAAAGAGAUCGUCCUCUACGCCUAUUUCAAGAAGCUGGAUUACUUCUCCACAGAGUGCAUCUACUCGCCCAACGCCUACCGGGGACACGCUCGCGCCUUCCUCAAAGACCUGGAGUCCAUCCGGCCCAGCUCCAUCAUAGACGUCAUCCACUCCGGCGAGACGCUCUCCGUGAAGGAUGGGGUGAAGAUGCCAGUGCAGGGAACGUGCUCGCGCUGCGGCUACAUCUCCAGUCAGGCCCUGUGUAAGUCCUGUGUUCUGCUGGAGGGCCUGAAUCGAGGUUUACCCAAACUGGGCAUCGGGAAACAUCACAGACUGCACGGCAAAAUUCUGGCUCGGGAGCCUUUGACCAAACAAGAGGAGAAGAAACUGAAGGCAGUGGACUUCUGACACAAAAUCAGGAGUUGAUUUUAAAAACUUGACGCUUGAGUUACGUGUCAUCUGUGUUUUUAAGACGCUUUGAAAUGAAUGUUCAUAAUGAGAGAUGAUUUUGGAAGUCUCCAGCAACUUUUUAUUCAUUUUUUUUUAAAUCUCAGACACAGUGAACUGAAUGUAACAUGCAUUUGCUGAAAAAGCAUCGUACAAACUGCUGUUCAGAAUCAGAGAAGCCUGUUUAAAAACAAACGUGAGCUUUUCCAAGUUAUGGCACGUUUAUUUAUUUAAACACUAUGACAAUAGAGUUACUUGUUUUUCAGGUUUUUCUCUGCCAUGUACAGACGAAUUGUUUUACAGGUGACAUGUAGAAGUUUUUUAAUGCUUUUCAGUUUGUGACAUGAUAAAACGGAUAAUACACGUGAUACAUGAUCAGCUUCCUCUGGCUUUCAGGUUAUUCAUUUUAUAAUAUUUCAUGAUUAUUGUUCGUUCCUCAUUUAGCAGCGACUUAAUUAUAGAAACUGAACUAAAAUAGAAAUAUUUGUCCUUUAAAUCUGUCCUUUUUGUGCAGGACAUUUACACAACUACAUGUGCAUUAAAUGAAUCUUCUGUAUUUUCAGGA